AUGCAUCUCCCCGUCGACCCUCAAUUGACACUUCCGGAUCUAAUGGUGAUGAAGGAGCUACUCAGUCAGAAUGAACCAGAACAUGAGCACAGCAGCACCAGCAAAGACACCAUCCAGAAGCUGAAUGCUCUAAAUGACACCUCCGACCCCGACUUCGACCCCACGGUUUUCCAAUUCUGGGAGACACAUCUGCUGCGGGAAAAGCUGCCCCGGCCUAUACGACAGUACCUCCUAGAGCCGUAUAUUUGCUGGGCCCAGGGUAUCGUGCGCUUCCCAACUGACGUGGUGAUGGUUACGCACCUCCUGCUUUACCUCACCACCUCCAUCCCCAGCGCGCUCUGGCUCUACUGCUACCACUUCAGCUGGAUCCACGGCCUUCUGCACUGGAUCGUGCACGUAUGGUACGCAGGGAGCUACACGCUCAUGAAGCAUCAGUACGUACACAUGAACGGCGUGUUGGCACCUCGAUAUCGCCUGAUCGACAACCUCUUCCCAUACGUCGUCGAUCCCUUGGUGGGCCACACAUGGAAUUCGUACUACUACCACCACGUGAAGAUGCACCAUGUCGAGGGCAAUGGACCCCGAGAUCUCAACUCGACCAUGUGGUACGAUCGAGACUCGAUCACCGAUUUCGCCCGCUAUGUCUGCCGGUUCUUUUUCCUCGUCUCGCUGGAAUUGCCGCUGUACUUUCUUCGCAAGGGCCAGUACUCUACUUCAUUCAAGACGGCUUUCUGGGAGCUCAGUAACUACUUGGCCAUCGCUCUGCUGUUGCGCUACGGUCAUGCUCAGGCCACAAUCUGCGUCUUCCUUUUACCCCUUUGGACACUUCGGGCGGGACUAAUGGCGGGCAAUUGGGGCCAGCACGCCUUUGUGGAUCCUAAUGAUCCCUCGUCGGAUUUCCGGUCUAGUAUCACGUUGAUCGAUGUUGCCAGUAAUCGAUUUUGCUUCAACGACGGUUACCACACUUCGCACCAUCUGCAUCCCCGGCGCCACUGGAGGGAGCAUCCGGUGGCGCUUCUUCGGGACCAGGAGCGCUACUCGGACGAGCGGGCGUUGGUAUUUCAGAAUAUAGAUUACCUCAUGCUGACAGUUCACUUAUUGCGAAAGAACUAUGUGCACCUGGCUCAAUGCAUGGUUCCAAUUGGUGCUGCGCAGAGAGCGAUGAGUCUAGAGGAGCGGGCGUACUUGCUGCGCAGUCGGACCCGGCGAUUCCCCGAGCUGCUUUUGGAACGGAGCAGCGCAUUUAGGCGGCGAUGA